GAUCUGAAAUCCGAACCAUAACCCACCAGUCACCUCUGAUGCGUGCCUCCGAGCGGUGCGAUCGCUGCGGUUCUUUUAGUUUUUCUCCUUUUUUCUCUCUUUUUUUUUGAGUGAGCAAGUGAAGUGCCGGGAAAAUGCACGUGGAGGAGCUGAGAGCCAGCCUGCAGAGCUUUGGAUGGCUGGAUUAUUUGGUCUUUUGCCUGAUGUUGGCCAUCUGUGCCGUAAUCGGCAUAUAUUUCUGCCUGCAACUGCGCCGAGAGUCCAGGAAACAAAAGGCCAAUGGCUCAGAGGAGGCGGCGAGUAGUGCUGCCUCGUAUUUGGUUGGAGGCAGGCAGAUGAAGAUUUUUCCCAUCACAAUGUCACUGAUAUCCAGCUUUAUAUCUGGAAUUACUCUUUUGGGUACACCCACAGAGGUUUAUCUUUAUGGAGCUCAGUACAUGUAUAUUAUGGGAUCACUGGUUUUAAUGGGCUUCUGCAUGUACUAUUUCUUCCUUCCAGUCUUCCACGAACUCAAUUUGAUAUCCACCUAUAAGUAUUUGGAACAGCGAUAUAACAGAAGUUUAAGGCUUUUCGGAUCUGUCAUGUUCAUUGUGGCUUCGCUACUUUGGCUUCCAAUUGUGAUUUAUGUACCGGCUAUAGCAUUCAAUCAGGCCACUGGAGUGAACAUCCAUAUAGUGACGCCCAUUGUGUGUGUGGUUUGCAUUUUCUAUACUUGCAUUGGAGGUUUGAAGGCGGUGGUUUGGACGGAUGUCAUCCAAACGUUGAUCAUGUUCGGUGCGAUGGCUUUGGUUUUGAUCAAGGGCACACUGGAUAUCGGCGGGCCUGGAGUUGUGUGGCAGAAAGCCCAAGAAACAGCUCGAUUGGAAGUACCCAAUUUUAGUGCGGAUCUAAGUGAGCGGUAUACCUUUUAUUCCCUGGUUUUGGGCGGUGUAGCUCAUUGGCUGAAGUCAAAUGCAAUUAGUCAAAAUAUGAUCCAGAGAUAUUUAUCGCUACCCACGCUUCGAGAUGCCCGGAUAGCAAUAUGGACUUUUAUCGCUGGUGUUUUGGCCUUUUUAAUGAUUUGCGGCUAUACGGGACUUUUGAUCUAUGCCACCUAUUCUCAAUGUGAUCCUUUGGAAACGAAAUUGGCCCAGAGAAACGAUCAACUUUUGCCACUUCUGGUAAUGGACACUUUGGGCUCAUAUCCGGGUCUACCAGGAGUAUUUGUAGCCGGUGUUUUCAGUGCGGCAUUGUCUUCGUUAUCGACAGGGUUGAACUCUCUAUCUGCAGUCGUUCUGGAAGAUUUUGUAAAGACCUUUAGAAAGAGUCCACUGACCGAGGGGCAAACCGCUUUUGUGAUGCGCAGUGUGGUCGUUGUAUUUGGCAUUAUAUUCGUAGCUCUCGUGUUUGCCGUGGAGAAAUUAGGUGCCGUUCUGCAACUGACCAUCACUCUUUCGUCGGUGGCAAAUGGACCACUCUUGGGUAUAUUUACCGCCGGAGUUAUGUUGCCAUGGGUUAAUUCAAAGGGAGCUUUGCUCGGAGGAUUCAGUUCACUUAUUGUUAUGGCCUGGAUGUGCGUAAGUGCCCAGCGGGAUCUGGUCACCGGCGAUUUCGUCUAUAAGAGGAAACCAUAUUCAACAAUGGGCUGCAAUUAUACAUUCGCAGGAGAACCACGGGAGUUUGCCAGCCUGGCACUAGAUGGUGCCAUCAGUUCCGGUCCAAGUGCUCCCUUCCGGCUGUAUCGCAUAUCGUAUCUCUAUUUCACGCUUUUUGGAGCCCUGGUGACGAUUGUAGUGGCACUGGUCACAAGUCUCCUGCUCCGGGAGACGGAUUUGGAUGGAGUGGACACACGUCUGCUCACACCAUUUGUGAGACGCUGGUUAGAGCGGCGUCGCCAUCGCCGAUCAAAGAUACCAGAUCCUGGUCAAAAGUCCAGCAACAAACAGGAGACGAAAACGUGAAGGGGAUUUGGAUGGCGGUUCAAGGGGAAGGAGAAGGAGAAGGCUGACCGGCAUCAUCCUGGCAAAGUUCCUUUCGGUAGCUUAGCAAAUAUUUAAAAUAAAACACAAUUCAUAAUUA